CAGUUACCAAAUUUCUAUGAAUAUUUCAAAUGAAGUUUAUCAACGCUAGGUUAUCCUUCUUUCAAGAAUCUUCAAGUUAGUUUUGCACACACGAUGUCGACUCACAAGAAGAAAACUAGGAAGUUGAGGGGUCAUGUAAGCCAUGGACAUGGUAGAAUCGGUAAACAUCGCAAGCACCCUGGAGGUCGCGGUAACGCUGGUGGUAUGCACCACCAUCGUAUAAAUUUCGAUAAAUACCAUCCUGGAUAUUUUGGAAAGCUUGGUAUGGUUCGAUACCAUCAAAGGAAGAACUCAAAGUGGCAACCUGCCUUGAACUUGGACAAACUGUGGUCACUUGUCAGUGAACAGACUAGAUUGAAAUACAAAGACCAUCCCGAAGGAAAAGCACCUGUAAUCAAUCUUAUCAAAGCUGGAUAUUACAAGCUUUUGGGAAAAGGAAGACUUCCACCUCAACCCGUCAUUGUUAAGGCAAAAUUCUUCUCCAAAAAAGCUGAAGAUAAAAUUAAGGCUGUAGGAGGAGCAUGUAUAUUAUCUGCUUAAGUAGAAAUAAAGUUUUAUAAAUCACA